AUGGUCCUUCCAGAUGUCCACAGCCCCAUGGUCCUUCCAGAUGUCCACAGCCCCAUGGUCCUUCCAGAUGUCCACAGCCCCAUGGUCCUUCCAGAGGGCCACAACCCCAUGGUCCUUCCAGAGGUCCACAGCCCCAUGGUCCUUCCAGAGGUCCACAGCCCCAUGGUCCUUCCAGAGGUCCACAGCCCCAUGGUCCUUCCAGAGGUCCACAGCCCCAUGGUCCUUCCAGAGGUCCACAGCCCCAUGGUCCUUCCCAGAUAUGUUCACAGCCCCAUGGUCCUUCCAGAAGUCCACAGCCCCAUGGCCCUUCCAGAGGUCCACAGCCCCAUGGUCCUUCCCAGAUGUUCACAGCCCCAUGGUCCUUCCCAGAUGUUCACAGCCCCAUGGUCCUUCCCAGAUGUUCACAGCCCCAUGGUCCUUCCAGAGGUCCACAGCCCCAUGGUCCUUCCCAGAUGUUCACAGCCCCAUGGUCCUUCCAGAGGUCCACAGCCCCAUGGUCCUUCCCAGAUGUUCACAGCCCUAUGGUCCUUCCAGAGGUCCACAGCCCCAUGGUCCUUCCCAGAUGUUCACAGCCCCAUGGUCCUUCCAGAGGUCCACAGCCCCAUGGUCCUUCCCAGAUGUUCACAGCCCCAUGGUCCUUCCAGAGGUCCACAGCCCCAUGGUCCUUCCCAGAGGUCCACAGCCCCAUGGUCCUUCCCAGAUGUUCACAGCCCCAUGGUCCUUCCAGAGGUCCACAGCCCCAUGGUCCUUCCAGAGGUCCACAGCCCCAUGGUCCUUCCAGAGGUCCACAGCCCGAUGGUCCUUCCAGAGGUCCACAGCCCCAUGGUCCUUCCCAGAGGUCCACAGCCCCAUGGUCCUUCCCAGAUGUUCACAGCCCCAUGGUCCUUCCCAGAUGUUCACAGCCCCAUGGUCCUUCCCAGAGGUCCACAGCCCCAUGGUCCUUCCCAGAGGUCCACAGCCCCAUGGUCCUUCCCAGAGGUCCACAGCCCCAUGGUCCUUCCCAGAUGUUCACAGCCCCAUGGUCCUUCCAGAGGUCCACAGCCCCAUGGUCCUUCCAGAGGUCCACAGCCCCAUGGUCCUUCCCAGAUGUUCACAGCCCCAUGGUCCUUCCAGAGGUCCACAGCCCCAUGGUCCUUCCCAGAUGUUCACAGCCCUAUGGUCCUUCCAGAGGUCCACAGCCCCAUGGUCCUUCCCAGAUGUUCACAGCCCCAUGGUCCUUCCAGAGGUCCACAGCCCCAUGGUCCUUCCCAGAUGUUCACAGCCCCAUGGUCCUUCCAGAGGUUCACAGCCCCAUGGUCCUUCCCAGAGGUCCACAGCCCAUGGUCCUUCCCAGAUGUUCACAGCCCCAUGGUCCUUCCAGAGGUCCACAGCCCCAUGGUCCUUCCAGAGGUCCACAGCCCCAUGGUCCUUCCAGAGGUCCACAGCCCGAUGGUCCUUCCAGAGGUCCACAGCCCCAUGGUCCUUCCCAGAGGUCCACAGCCCCAUGGUCCUUCCCAGAUGUUCACAGCCCCAUGGUCCUUCCCAGAUGUUCACAGCCCCAUGGUCCUUCCCAGAUGUUCACAGCCCCAUGGUCCUUCCCAGAUGUUCACAGCCCCAUGGUCCUUCCCAGAGGUCCACAGCCCCAUGGUCCUUCCCAGAGGUCCACAGCCCCAUGGUCCUUCCCAGAGGUCCACAGCCCCAUGGUCCUUCCCAGAUGUUCACAGCCCCAUGGUCCUUCCCAGAUAUGUUCACAGCCCCAUGGUCCUUCCAGAGGUCCACAGCCCCAUGGUCCUUCCCAGAUGUUCACAGCCCCAUGGUCCUUCCCAGAUGUUCACAGCCCCAUGGUCCUUCCAGAGGUCCACAGCCCCAUGGUCCUUCCCAGAUGUUCACAGCCCCAUGGUCCUUCCAGAGGUCCACAGCCCCAUGGUCCUUCCAGAGAGGUCCACAGCCCCAUGGUCCUUCCAGAUGUCCACAGCCCCAUGGUCCUUCCAGAGGUCCACAGCCCCAUGGUCCUUCCCAGAGGUCCACAGCCCCAUGGUCCUUCCAGAGGUCCACAGCCCCAUGGUCCUUCCAGAGGAGAUGGAACAGACUCGGACGGCGGUGGAUGAAGAUCGUAAAAUGUAUUUACAGGCUGCGAUCGUUCGGAUCAUGAAGGCCAGAAAAGUGCUGCGCCACAACGCCCUCAUCCAGGAGGUCAUAAACCAGUCCAAAGCCCGCUUCAGCCCCAGCAUCAGUAUGAUCAAGAAGUGCAUCGAGGUCCUCAUAGACAAACAGUACAUUGAGAGGAGCCAGACCUCUGCGGACGAGUACAGCUACGUGGCAUAG